AUGCCGGAACUUCCCCCCCGCUUCAGGUUCAAAUGGGACGGAAGCAAGGGUGUCGACGAGGCAAAUAUGUCACGGAGGAUACCUUUAUGGGAGGUUUUGGUGCUUGAGUGGCCACUGGAGAGGUGGAGAUGGGUCACCACUCCGGAGACCUUGCGCCAUAACCCGCACCAUCAGAUCGACUUGCCAGAGAAAAUCGUGACUGCAAUUGUCAGAAUCUUGAAUGUCGACCACGACUAUGUCAUGACCGGGGAUCCUCUGGAAGAGUGCUCGACGCUGGUCGCUCGUUCCUGGAAAGGUCUCUGGCAAGGAUUUCAGACGGAUUUGACUUGGUCUAUUUUACAGUCUUCGUUCAGCAAGAACACAGUCAACCUUCGUUUCAUCAUCACUGUCAGAAAGGAUGCAGCAAUCAGUGGUGCAGGAUGCACCUAUGAAGCAGAGUGCAUACUUCAACAGACGCGGACGCCCUGA